CUCGAAGAACCAGGUUACAUCCAAAUCUCUCAGGGCAAAUACGGUACAUUGACACUGCCAGGAGGCAGUAAUGAUUACAUUGAUGCUGUCGUAACGUUUGUCGAAUCUUGGACUACAAUCCAUGUGCAGCUACCUGAAGCUUCGAGCUUACUCGAUAAGUUGCAGAGAAAUUUACAACAGCAAUAUAUGACCUCACAAUCGCUAGCCAAUCCUAUUCCAGGUUUGGCUGGAAUCGUUAAAUAUGGUUCAGAAAAAAAAUAUCAUCGUAUUAUCACCAUUAAACGCCUUGAUACAACAUUAAUACUUGUACGCUUUGUGGACUUUGGUUAUAUGGAUAUUGUGGCGAAACGAUUAAUUCAUCCAAUAUCAGAAGAUUUGGUCAAUGUUCCUGGGCAAGGAUUUCCAGUACGAAUGACAUUAGAACAGUCUGUUGCUGGCUCACUGUCCUUCGACUCAUUUCGCAACGAAAUUGUGAAUGACGCGUUAACAGGUACUGUAUUCGUUACUGAUGACAGCAAUCAGUGAUCAGAUUUCAAGUCAAACAGUAAGAGAAGUAAGCCAGUUAACAGACAAGCUAUCAAUCUAAUCAAAGAAAAUAAUCGUCGAAGGAAGCAAAACACUGAUAGAUCAGAAUAUGAUGACAAAAGUGACCCUCAACAAUAUACAGAUAAUUCUAGAAUAGCCACUAGACCUGAAUACGUUGAGCACAAUAGUUAUGAGCAAAAUGAUAACUAUAUUGGUGGUGAAAAUGGAGAAAAUACUGACGGUGAUUACAAUUACGAGUACGAUCAAGAAGAUAACUUUGAUCACAACGAGCAAAAGUUGCCAAUAAACGAAAAAUAUUGGCAUGCAAAGUUUGGCAGUCGUGGAAAAAAAUUCGGACACACAGUGGACGAUUCAAAUAUUCGUUUGCAAUCGCUUUCAAAUGUAAAAAACCGAAAAGGAGGAAAAUCGCAGCAAAAAAAUUGGCAAAACCAUCAAAAAUUAUCAAAAAACAAUCAACUAGCAUGGAAGUCAGCACUAGAUUAUGGUGUAACAGAUGAUAUUGACAGUACACAAAGUACAAUUGCAUCAAACUAUUCACAAAUAGAUAUGAAUUUUUCCAAGCAUACUCUGCAUCCACUGCUAAAUCAACCCCUAAAAGUUGUAAAUGGUGAUACAGUGAAGAUUAGUACGGUAGAUAAUAAUUUGAAUGCAGAAGAUUUAAGCUCUGUGAUUGGUCUUAUGGCUUAUGGUAGCUUUAAAGAUGAUGUGGAAAAUAAUUUACGGAAAAGACGUAAAAAGAAUCGAUCAUCAUCUCGUAAGCAUGCGGGUCAUUCGACUAUUGCUUUUCACUCAUCACCAAAUCAUUAUGAAGAAAGUAAAAGUAUACAGCGGAAUUAUGGAAGAAUUCAAAAGAAUGAAGCAAUAACUGGCAAUGAUUCAGAAGAAGCAAAAAAUGCAACAGAUGACAGUUUUGAAAGUUCUGAUAACUACAAAUGUUUAGAAUUGACUUCUGCUAAAUGUGCAACACACUACACUGAUUCAAAAGCAUAUUUAAAGCAUAAAAAUGAUUCACAUACGUUUUAUGCUAAUUUACUGCAAAAAGUUUUACAGAAAUAUCAAACAAAAGACACCAUUUUGAAGCGAAAUCAAGGUAGCAGUAAAGCAUCCGAAAACCAAACUUCAAAAACAAAUGGAAAAAAGAUUACUGAGACAGUUAGCAUUCUGCAAGAUUCAGCAAACUGUUCAGCAGAAAAUUCAAACAUUCCCUCACUGCAGAAAACUUUUCGCAUUCCAACUAAAGACAAAACAUUGCUGUACGAAUUGAGUGAUACUUUCAGUGAUAGCUAUGACAGUACUCAAAAGCAUUCAGAUAUUUCUGAAUCUAGCAAAUUUCAAUCCACACAAUAUCCAUCAAAAUUAUCUUCUCAUUGUUGGCUACCUCCUCAGUCGCCUCUUCCUCAUUCCAAUGAAUACAUUCCACAAAACACAGUGUUUUAUGCAAGUUCAGUACACUCAUCUGACUUUGAAAUACCUUCUUAUUUAAAUGAUAUCGCAGUAUCUUCAAAAAGUAAUCAGUCAGUAAUACAAAUACCAAAAGUGUGGAGUGAUGCCGAAAGAGUCAGAAGUCUGCAGAGAUCAGUGCCAAAGUGCAAUACAAAACAGAAAAAUUUCUCGGCGUUAAGUUCGGAUAAAAGUAUUACUCACGCGACAAGUGAGUAUAGCAAUAAUCGAGAUCAGUGGGAAAAAAAGUCUUGCAUUUAUGAUCUGUCGUCUGAUCGGAAACACGAAGAAAACUUUAUCAAUCAAAAUAUGAUUCCUGAACUGAACGAUCAUUUUCAGCAAGGCAGCAAAGCCACAAACAAAAAUGAAAGUGAACUUUCUUCUGAUACUCACUUCAGGUUUCAAACAAUAACUAAUGGAAAACGAUCACAUCGAAAAAUGAUCAAACACAAUAACUUAGAGGAUAAUUUUAAGUGGGCAAAGUAUCAUCGAAACAUAUUUCCAAGAAUUACUGCUACACCGUUAUCAAAUAUCACAUCAGAAAGUAGUUAUUCAGAUAUUGAUAGCAGCACUAGUAGAAAAAGCAGUAAAAUAAAAAAUGAUACAGACUUAGCAAUAGAUAGAUUAGAAGAAUCGUCACAAGAAAUGCUAGUAAUGAGAAUGAAGUUGGAGUUAAUCUCCAACAAAAGCACAUCUUCAGGUAAAAUACAUUCUGAUCUUAGUUCAGCCUGUCAGAGCAGUUCAUCCCUGUGUAUUAGUGCAUCAUCAAACUCAACUAUUUAUGAAAGCAGCCGAGACUUAUCCAGAAAUCCAGAUAUUUAA